AUGGAUGGAACGAACGUGGACGGCGUAAGCAAUGAUACAAGGGAGGUGGUUGAGCUCGAUGUCCAACAUCCGAGCUUUGGGCGGGGGGAACAGAGCGAGUACCCACCAGCUUUGGCACUCAUGGCCAGCAGUGACCCACGCGCCUGGCUGGCUCCCGUGCAGGCUGGCACCUGCGCGGCACACGCCGAAUACCUGUUGCACUCGCCCGGCUCGAGCGCGGAAGGCGUGUCCUCUUCCUCGAGCCACAGCUCAAACUUCAGGAAGAGCAGCAAGAGUCCUGUCAAAGUACGCGAGCUGUGCCGGCUAAAGGGAGCUGUGGGAGCAGAUGAUGGCAGGCAGCGGGCCCCGUCCAGCAAAGCGACUAACGGUGUGCAGAAGCAGAGGCGAAUGGCUGCCAAUGCUCGCGAGAGACGGAGGAUGCACGGAUUGAACCACGCUUUCGACGAGCUGCGCAGUGUCAUCCCAGCCUUAGACAAUGACAAGAAGCUCUCCAAGUAUGAAACCUUACAGAUGGCUCAGAUCUACAUCAACGCCCUGUCCGACUUGCUUCAGGGUCCUGGUGUUAAAGCUGACCCGCCAAACUGCGACAUGCUGUCUGCCAAUGUGUUCGAGGAGGAGCGCUCUCCUAGAGGAUCACCAAACGUGUGUCGGAGAGGCGCAGGAGCAGGUCUCCCUGUUCAGCUGUCCGCGCUACACUAUCAGUACGAGGACGGGACAUUCGCCUCUUUCGUGGAGCAGGACAUUCAGUCUCCCUCUGGAACGAGCAAGUCCGGUUCGGGGGGGAACAAAGAUUCGCCGCGGUCGAACCGAAGCGAUGGAGAGUUCUCUCCUCACUCGCACUUCAGUGACUCGGAUGAAACGCACUUGGAGAUGCAGAGCGAAGACGAGCUCUCUGAACUGAAACUGCCUAACCAUCGCGCUUUUUAGAAACGCAUCACCAUCAAUCGUGUCAAUCGUAUUUUUGCAUUUGCCCAAAAUGUCCAUUCUAAUGUGUUGCUUUAUUUAUCCAAUUGAUUGGUUUCAGAACAUUGUUUGUUUAUCUUAAUACGUUAUUGUGUCCGACAAAUGUCCGCCAAUAGAAUUAGUUGCCUAUUUGUGACAUUGACCAGACCCCUAUGCCAUGUCAACUGCCGCGUGCAGCAGUGCCAUGGGCUCAAAUGUCAUGCAUAAAACUGUCUUCUGUGAACUAUUUUGACACCGUUGAUUCAUACAUGAUUGUCAUGGGCCUGUUUCAUAGAUACGAUUGAUGAUGGUGUUAAUUUGAACCCUGUAAGAAUUUGCAACUUCUAAAGUUUACGUGCACUUUAAAACGGGCCAUAGGCUUGAAACACAUUCUUUUGUCAUUUGGAACAAGAAAUUGUGUGUUUUAUGUAGAAGUAAUGCCAAUUUGAUGAAUAUAUUUAAUAUAGCCAUUAGAUUUUGUACAUUCGUUGAUUUUUAA